AUGGUUUAUCAAAAAAAUGUGAAUUUCGUUCCUCAAACUCCUGAAGAAGCAAUAUCUUGUGAUAAGUCAGCUGAAUGGAAAAAUGCUACGAGGGUCGAAUUUAAUGCAUUGAAGAAAAACAAAACUUGGGACAUGGUUGAUUUGCCUGUUGGAAAAACUGCAAUAGGUUGUAAAUGGGUAUACGCUAUUAAAACAACGAAAAAUGGCGAUAUUGAGCGAUACAAAGCAAGACUUGUGGCGAAGGGCUGCAGUCAGAAAUACGAUGUUAACUAUCAAGAAACAUCCUUUCCCCUUAUCCGUUACGAAAAUAUACGACUCUUAUUUGCUAUUGCUGUUAACAAAGAUAUGCAUUUGCACCAAAUUGGUAUCGUGAGUGCUUAUUUAAAUGGUGAUCUCAACGAAGCCAAAGAUGUUCGUUGA